GUUUCCACAAGGAGCAAGCCGAGGGGUACACAGCCGCCUGCCCCGAGGAGAAUACAAAGGCGGCGACGGCGGCACCCUCCGGCUCCUCCUCGCGGCCUUCCCCCGCCUCAACAACGGCCUCACGGGCUGCCUGGCACCGGGAGUGUGCCGCCCGCCCUUCCCUUCCCACGGCGCCCGCUCCACGAGCGAGAGCUGCUCGUGAGGGAGGGCCCGGCCUCCCGCGCGCGGGCAGUAACUAGGCAAGCCGAGCGAGGCGGCUUCCUCCGCUCUCUCGCGAGAUCGGGCGAGGUUUCCGGUGUUGUGACUGCGGGGCCGUAAACAUGGCGGUGAGUCUCCGCGCCCGCUCGCUGAGGCACCUCCGCAUUCGAGGCCGGAACGACAGCGGCGAGGAAAACGUCCCCCUCGAUCUCAGCCGAGACCCUUCUGAUAACCUGAGAGAGAUUCUCCAAAAUGUGGCCAAAUUGCAAGGGGUUUCAAAUAUGAGAAAGCUAGGCCACUUGAAUAACUUUACUAAGCUUCUUUGUAAUGCUGGUCAUACUGAAGAAAAGCUAGGUUUUACUUAUGAAAACAUCAUCAUAUGUUUGCGAUUAGCUUUACUGAAUGAAGCAAAAGAGGUGCGAGCGGCAGGGCUGCGAGCCCUUCGAUACCUUAUCCGAGACUCCAGUAUUCUGCAGAAGGUGUUAAAAUUAAAAGUGGAUUACUUGAUAGCCAGGUGCAUUGACAUACAGCAGAGUAAUGAAGUAGAAAGGACACAAGCACUUCGUUUAGUCAGGAAGAUGAUCACUGUGAAUGCUUCAUUAUUUCCUAGUUCGGUUACCAAUUCCUUGAUAGCUGUUGGAAAUGACGGCCUUCAGGAGAGGGACAGGAUGGUUCGAGCAUGCAUUGCAAUUAUCUGUGAACUAGCAAUUCAGAAUCCAGAAGUAGUUGCACUUCGAGGUGGUCUAAGUACCAUUUUGAAAAAUGUGAUUGACUGCCAGUUAAGCCGUAUAAAUGAAGCUCUUAUAACGACCGUCUUGCAUCUUCUCAAUCAUCCAAAGACUCGACAGUAUGUGCGUGCAGAUGUAGAAUUAGAGCGGAUAUUAGCGCCCUACACAGACUUUCACUACAGGCACAAUCCAGAUACUGCAGAAGGACAGCAGAAGGAGGACCGAGAAGCACGGCUGUCUGCUAGUAAAAUGGGAAUUGUUGCAGCAUUUCGAUCGUGGGCAGGCAUUAUUAGUUUAUGCAAGCCUGGAAAUUCCGGGAUCCAAUCUCUCAUUGGAGUGCUGUGUAUACCUAAUAUGGAAAUAAGGCGAGGACUGCUUGAAGUUCUUUAUGAUAUAUUUCGCCUUCCUCUUCCUAUCGUGACAGAAGAAUUUAUAGAAGCACUUCUCAGUGUAGAUCCAAGCAGGUUUCAAGAUAGUUGGAGACUUUCUGAUGGUUUUGUAGCUGCAGAAGCUAAAGUUAUAUUACCUCACCGAGCCAGAUCAAGGCCUGACCUCAUGGACAACUACUUGGCGCUGGUUCUCUCUGCUUUCAUUAGAAAUGGACUCUUAGAAGGUCUAGUUGAAGUAAUCACAAGCAGCGAUGACCAUGUAUCCGUCAGAGCAACAAUCUUACUUGGGGAACUUUUGCAUAUGGCAAACACCAUUCUUCCUCAUUGUCAUAGCCAUCACUUACACUGCUUACCAACUUUAAUGAACAUGGCAGCUUCUUUUGACAUCGCAAAGGAGAAGAGACAACGGGCCAGCGCUGCACUAAAUUGUCUAAAACGCUUUCAUGAAAUGAAGAAACGAGGACCGAAACCUUAUAGCCUUCAUCUAGAUCACAUUGUUCAGAAAGCCAUGUCAACACAUCAGCGAAGGGAUCAGUAUCGUGUGCAGAAAGACAUCUUUAUUCUAAAGGAUACCGAUGAAGCACUGUUAAUUAAUCUAAGAGACAGCCAAGUUCUUCAUCACAAAGAGAAUCUUGAGUGGAAUUGGAAUCUGAUAGGGACCAUACUAAAGUGGCCAAAUAUCAGCGUAAAGUUCAACAAAGAUGAACAGUGGAACAGAUUUAUACGGCGACUGAUGUAUUUUUACAAGCCUAGCAGCAAAUUGUAUGCCAACCUGGAUCUGGAUUACGCAAAGGCCAAACAGCUCACAGUUGUAGGUUGCCAGUUAACUGAGUAUCUCCUUGAAUCUGAAGAGGAAGGAAGACAGGAAGGAAAGAAGGAAGGAAGGCAGGUGCAACAAAAGCAGGAUGGACAUGGUUACCUCGAAGAGUUAGUGAAAGAUAUUGUACACUGGCUCAAUUCUUCUUCUGGACUGAAACCAGAACGCAGCCUCCAGAACAAUGGGUUACUUAACACUCUUAGUCAGCACUACUUCUUGUUUUUUGGUACGCUCUCCUGUCAACCCCACGGAGUGAAAAUGCUUGAAAAGUGUAACGUGUUUCAGUGUCUUCUUAAUCUUUGCUCCUUGAAGAACCAGGAUCACUUACUCAAACUGACUGUUUCUAGUUUGGACUACAGCAGAGAUGGAUUAGCAAGAGUCAUUCUUUCCAAAAUCCUAACGGCAUCUACAGAUAGCUGUAGGCUAUAUGCCACAAAACACUUACGAGUACUGCUGAGAGCCAACGUAGAGUUCUUCAGCAACUGGGGAAUCGAGUUACUGGUCACCCAGCUCCAUGACAAGAAUAAAGCCAUUUCUUCUGAAGCACUUGAUAUCCUCGAUGAGGCAUGUGAAGACAAGGCAAAUCUUCAUGCUCUUAUUCAGAUGAAACCAGCGUUGUCUCAUCUUGGAGACAAGGGCUUGCUUCUGCUCUUAAGGUUCCUGUCAAUCCCCAAAGGGUUUUCCUAUCUAAACGAACGAGGCUAUGUGACAAAACAAAUGGAGAAAUGGCAGAAGGAGUACAACUUAAAGUAUGUCGAUUUGAUAGAAGAGCAACUCAAUGAAGCACUUACCACAUACCGCAAACCUGUUGAUGGCGAUAACUAUGUUCGCCGGAGCAACCAAAGAUUACAGCGGCCACAUGUCUAUCUGCCGGUUCACCUCUAUGGACAACUGGUACACCACAAAACAGGCUGCCAUUUGUUGGAAGCUCAGAGUAUUGUUCCUGACCUGAGUUACACUGUUCGUUCCCCCAUGCUGGAUAAAUGGGAAGGGAUUAAGCAGCUGAAGGCAGCUCUCUGGGCUCUGGGUAAUAUUGGAUCUUCAAACUGGGGUCUGAAUUUGCUUCAAGAAGAAAAUGUCAUCCCUGAUAUAUUGGCACUUGCCCAGCAUUGUGAAGUCCUAUCUAUUAGAGGGACGUGUGUCUAUGUGCUUGGCCUGAUCGCCAAAACAAAACAAGGUUGUGACAUUCUGAAGCAUCACAACUGGGAUGCAGUGAGACACAGUCGUAGGCAGCCUUGGCCAGUCGUCCCCGAUGACAUGGAGCAACUCUGCAACGAACUCUCCUCUAUUCCCAGCACGCUCAGUUUGAACUCUGAAUCUACCAGUUCAAGGCACAACAGUGAAAGUGAAUCUGCACCGUCAAGUAUGUUUAUUUUGGAAGAUGACAGGGUUGGCAGCACCUCUACCAGCACGUUUUUCCUAGAUAUAUCUGAAGAUGCAGAACAGAAUUUCUGCGACCGAUCUGGACCCUUGAAAGAUAAGGAUCGCAAUCCCUUCCCCUUCUUCACUUCAAGCAGGCUUGUGAAGAACCGCAUUUUAAAUUCUCUAACCUUACCUAAUAAAAAACAUAGGAGUAGCAGUGAUCCUAAAGGUGGCAAACUAUCUUCUUCAGAGAGCAAGAUGGGUUUGAGGCGAAAUCGUACCGUAACUGAGCCUUCCAGCAGCAUGGAUUUUACACGAGGCGAGGACUUCACCCCUAUGUUCCGGGUGCCUAAAAUCCACACUCUGAAACUAGAGACGUCGUUUGUCGGGAGCAGACACAGCGAAGAUGCAGAUAGCACUCCAAGUAUAGGCGAAAAUGACCUCAAGCUUCCCAAAAGCCUCGGCCACGAAAACCACCGGGAAAAUGCCAGCCGGGAAAGACUGAUAGGAGAGGUUUCUACGCAGACUCACUUCAAAAGCCGCAGCUUGAGUUUCAAUACGGAUACCACCACGAGUGGCAUAAGUUCAAUGAGUUCGAGCCCUUCGCGGGAGACUGUGGGAGUGGACACUACAAACGUAGACACGGACAGUGGGAGUUUAAGUACUGUGGUGAGUACCAAGACAGUUAAAACAAUCCAGUGCUCAACCCCACAGCCUAACCACCUCCCCCUCUCAAAAUCAAAUUCUGUCUCCCUGGUACCGCCAGGGUCCUCGCACACCCUUCCUCGGAGAGCACAGUCACUUAAAGCUCCUUCGCUCGCCACAAUAAAAAGCCUGGCUGACUAUAACUUCAGCUACACCAGUUCGCGAGAUGCCUUUGGGUAUGCAACACUCAAACGCUUGCAGCAGCAAAGGAUGCACCCCUCUUUGUCCCAUUCGGAAGCUCUGGCAUCUCCAGCAAAGGAUGUGCUCUUCACAGACACAAUUACUAUGAAGUCUGGUAGUCUAGACUCUCGACUGACACCAAACAGGUUCAUGAGAGCUUUAAGUUAUGCAUCAUCUUUAGAUAAAGAGGAUUUAUUAAGCCCUAUUAACCAAAACACACUGCAGCGUUCUUCUUCUGUUCGUUCCAUGGUGUCUAAUGCUACGUACGGAAGUUCAGAUGAUUACAUUGGGCUCGCUCUCCCAGUUGAUAUCAAUGAAAUAUUUCAGGUAAAGGAAACUCCUUAUUUCCAGAAGAAGACCAUGCCUUCACUUGACGAACGAGGCGCUAAAGUCUUUCCCCAAGAUGCUGGAGCCUCUCCAGGUGUGCCGAGUGGUUCUUCCGAGAUGGUGAAGAGUCCCUUCCAGAUGCUUCGCCAGCAGAUCAGUCUUACAGAGAUAAUGAACACUAGCCGCUCGGAUGCUUCUCAGUUCCUUGAAAGCAUGGAAGACACGGGGCUCCAAGAGCACACGGAAGAGAAUUGCCUUUAUUGUGUCUGCACGCACAUUUUGGGCUACCAGCAAAACAAAGUGAAUCCUUCCUAUAGUCACACUGAAUUUUCAGACAUUCCUUAUUCUGACUGGUGUGGAAAGCCCAUGCACAAUCACUUGGAUGUGGUCCCCCAUUCCUCAAAGUUUUCUGGGAUUUCGGGAUGCAGCGAUGCUGUAUCUCAUGGCUCAACCAGUAGCACCAAGAGUACGGAUAUCGUGAUAGGUGUAAAGUCAAUCCCAGAUGAUACCCCUGUAUGCCGCAUACUACUGAGAAAGGAAGUCUUGCGAUUAGUGAUCAACUUGAGCAGUUCAGUAGGAACUAAAGGACAUGAAACAGGUCUCUUGACAAUUAAAGAGAAGUUUCCCCAAGCAUUCGAUGACAUAUGCCUUUACUCUGAAGUGUCCUACUUGCUAGCGCACUGUACAUUUCGAUUACCAUCCCGAAGGUUCAUACAAGAGCUCUUUCAAGAUGUCCAGUUUUUACAAAUGCACGAAGAAGCAGAAGCCGUACUAGCAACAAAUCAGCAAACAGCUAACCCAUCGGCUGAAUCCUGACCCCUUGCUUUUUGUGGUGUGGCUAAAUAUGAAGUCGUCGGUAGCCUCGGAUAAGAACGUCUAAUUGACUGGGCAAAGAGAAGAGAAGCAUUCUGGGUACAAGUAACAGAACCUCUCCUCCAUGGAACUUGCUUUCCCAUCCAUCCAUCUGAGCCCUAUGGGAAUUGUUAAAACAAUGAAAGUAGCAAUUCCCAAGAUAUGCAAGGAGAACGAAGCACUGAACACUUGCACAGGUUUUCAUUUCACUUAUUUUGAAACGCAGCAUCGUAAUAAUAGAGGACAGCGUGCAGGGACGUGUUGUACAUGGUUGGGGUUUUUUUUACUUCCGUUCAGGACAGAGAGUGAUGCCUUUUAAACCCUGGAUCUCGGAGCAUCUAAGGCUCUAUCUCCAUUGUCACCAAUGGAGCUGCUCAAACUGUGGACGUCAGGGGAUUAAUGAUGGCUUUCUGUGAUAUUUUUCCUAAUCUUUGUGAAACACUACUUGGAGAAUUUCUGAUCUCUGAGAGAGGAAGAGAAUCCUUAGUAACUUGGGGUAGUCUUAAGUUAUUUUAUUGUUAAAACAGCAAAAAUCCUUAUUUGUCUUAGCAGUCGGUCUAGUUUUGUUGCAGUUACAUGUCAUAAUGUGUUAACUGAACCAGUUAAGGAACUUCACUACAGUUUGAUUUUAAAAAAAAAAGAAGAACAAAUCACUUCUCAGACCCCUGGGAUCAGAAUUUCCCUGUACAUAUAAUAAUGCAUGUUGUUCGGUCGGGUUUUCUACAUUAAUGCUCAUCUAGUAUGUAAAUUGUCUAAAUGUAAACCUUUUAACAAGCAUGACUUCCAUCAAAUAAGGGUGCAUACUUUAUCAAGAAAAACUAGGAAAUAUCUACCCAUUGCUGCUUUUGAUCAGGAAAGAGGCAAGGGGGAAAAAAAACACCACAUUCCAUGUCUUUCAUUUUUCUCCUUACCACUUAGCUUUGAUUAUACACGUGAAAGGUUAAUUGCAAGAUAAUACCACUAAUGGUAGUGAAAAGCCUUAGAGGUGCAAUGCAGAAAUGAACACUCCUUCGCUUUAAUCCAUUGUUCUUUCACAGAUCCUUUGCACAGAUGAUAUGAUGGUGACAAUAUAUAGGUCAGUUCUCCCCACACCCUUAGAGCGAUUCCUAAAUUUCUAGAAGUGCAGACUUGAAACGCGUGCAUCUUGUCCCCAGAACCGAAAGCCCCCCCUAGAAUCAAAUAACUUGAUAUAUGCAAACCUGUACAUACAAAUGCCCAACCACUUUCAUUACAAAAGACUGACUGUAGUGGAUUGAGGUUACUCUGUAAUUUCUUGUGUAUGAAAAUAGUACAGCGGGACUGUACUGGCAAUCAUAUUAUGUCUAUCCAUCCCCCCCCCCAUUAAACAAAUUCAAAGAUUUGCUUAUCAAGGUGUAAUUAGCUCAGUUUUGCAUAUUUCUUACCGCAGCUUAAUCAGUGUGCUAAUUCUUUUUGUGGUAGGAUUUUGUUCCACGUUAUAGAACGUUAAGGAUAUAAGGAUAUUUGAAUUUUUCAUUACGCAAUCCACUCUUGGUUAGGUUACCUCCACUGCCAUUCCAAAAAAAUGGUUUUGCUCCACAACACAGGGAAGACUGCAAAAGUUAAAAGGCCAAACCACCUCUAAGAGUUCUGCUUUCCUUAGUAGGAGACUGGCAAGUGCUUACAGCCGACAUCUUUUUGUCAAGCUCCUUUUUGCAGUUCCUCGUGAGCCCUUCUUUCGCUUAGGCUCCUUGCCCUUCCUGUACAGGGCAGAUGGAAGAACGAGCAGUUCUUGACCUCUGGAAGUUUUGGAUACACAGCACCCGAAUCCGCUUCUUUUUUAUUCUCCUCCCACCUUCACCACGGUGGCUCCUCUGAGAGCGUCUUCCCCAUCGCACUAUGGCUUAAUUUUGCCAAAGCCUCUUUCUCCUGGCUCGAUGAGCUCAGAGUUCAUCUCUAGCUUCCGUGUUUUCCUUGCAUUGUCUACACUGCCAUUCUAACCUGCCAUUGGGGAACAAAUAAUUUUAAAGGAACAGGAGUUGUCUUGGUGGCGUGCUCAUUUUCACUUCUUCUGACUCGAUGAUGACUUUGGUUCCAAGGAAUGCGACACUGGGUGGGGUUGCGGGGCAUGUAGAGGUUUUGAGACCUUCUUUCACAUACGAUGAUGGCAGUGAGGGGGAGGUUGGUGGUGGGAAUAAGAAUACGUUACCAGGUUUUUGAAGUUACUUUCCCCCCAUUUGUUGCCUUUGGAAGUUGUUAACUGGAAGGUGACAGGAAGGAGCAGAGGGCCUGUAGAGGCAGUUGUUACCUCCCACCCUUAACCAGACGUCUUAUUUUCCUUGAGCUGUAGAGGAAUGUUUGGAGUGGCAGUGGAGGUUCCUUCUAGGAGUUGGCCAUUUCCCCCUUCCUAUAGUAUUACUUGUUAAAACUGUUUUCAUCGGGUCAUGUGGCCUUCCCUAUAAUUUAAUCGGUAGAACCCUUUUAGGCCUAUGUAAAUGGAGGGUUCCCAGCAAAAUUAGUUCCCUCAGUUUUUUUUUCCCCAUUUCCAUCAGAGCUCUUUGGAGAUUUGGGUGGGGGGCUUCAGCUGAAUUAAUGUCUACCUAUUAACCACAUGGAAUCCAUUAAUCUUAUCCGCCAGUAUUUACAGAUAUAUCGUUUGGACUUAAAUACAACUCCUUUGCAAAACCAAAAUGCUAGCUACAGUAGACCAAAUAGUGGUGUAAACCCCAAAGGAGUGAUGUAGUACUCACGGUUAAAACAGGACAAAAAAAACCCCUGAUCUAAUACAGUAGUAGUGAACACUACCUCAGUUAGGAUAGAGUAAUUAAGACCUAUAGAUUGCUGACUCCAGCUGGAGUUAAUUCAUGAACUCUAGUUUACAUUUCUGCUUCCAAGACAAAAGGUAGCUGAGGCUUUAAAAUAAUAAUAAUAAUAAUAAUAAAUCUAUAUUUAACAAAAUAAAUUGUUCAGGUGGUUAGGCUUUCCAACCCAGCUCUUAAAGAAAGGACAUGAAAAAUGAAUAGGGAAAAUUAAACAGUAAACUUGGAUUGCAGCAUCUACACCCAGAAAAUUCACCACUACCUUUUUUUAAGUGCAAAGAACUCUGACUUCCAUCCUGACCAUCACCAAGAAAACUGCAAAGUAACAUCAAGUAAAUUUUUCAAGUACAUUUAAGGAAAGAAAACAUAUUUCCGUAAGUGUCGAGGAUGUAAUAAUGUCAGUACUGAGUGUUUCAUAUAUGAUACCUUGUGUUUACUUUAAUUUGUCAAUUAAUUUGAUGUGGCAGAAUAUAUUCUGGAGUGUAACACAAUGGGUUUUCAUUGAAAAGCUGUGUUUUGAAUCAAGUACUCCUUGGCCAGUCACAGUAGCAUCUCAUUCGGUUGUGUACUUGGAUGACCUUUAAUCCAUCAAGCCAAAUGCAAAAGCCCUGAAUUUGAGGCUGUUUGACAACCUCAUGAGUCUCAGAGAUACAGAAAAAUCAGAGGGCGGCUGUAUAUACCUGGUCGGUUGCAUUUGGCUUGGAGGAUCACAAAUUCUACAGGGUAGCCUUAGGUGCUCCUGCACAGGAAUUGGGCACCAAGCCAAAACCAUAGGAAACGUUCCCAGAAAAGGAAAAUACGAUGGCUCUUGGGGAAACUCUCAGCAUCGCAGUUUGAAUUAUGUGGGUGGUGUGGACCCCUAAUACUAUGUCCCACUGUUGCUUUUGCAGAGGGGUGGGAACUGCGGGCUUGGCUCAGUGACUUCUGAGAGAUCAGUGCAUCCGAUCCCUGUAGAAAUCCUUCUGCUAAUGAUCCCCCUUCUGACCUUGUGAGGUACGUCACAAAGGAGAUUCUAAGUGCUUCAGAAUGGACCCUUACAGUGCAUGGGGGACUUGUUUAGAUGCAUCUAUCUCACUCUCGUGCACAUACACUGUCCUGCCCUACUUACUGCAGUAAAAGUUGGACAGAAGGGAUUUUAAACAAAGAUCCCAAACUUCUCCAGGUCUUUUAGAGGGAAAGGGGAGCAUGUAGUAUUCUAAAAAGCUGCAUUUGAGAGAACACUUUGAAUUGACAUCCUUUUUCUGCUUUUGUUCAGUGCAUUCCAAAUAUAAUUCUGUAGGAAUUUUGUUUUCCCCACGGCAGAUAAGUUAAGGAUUAGAUAUUGGCUGUGACGCAGACUGUUAGAUCUGAGUACCUCAGGCUCAACACCUCCAUUAAUACAUAUGGCAGCAGCCUGAUUAUAUGAUAGGCAUAGAAAACCUUUAGCCGUUACUAAUUCUCUAUGUCUUUAAGAGCUCUGAUCAUCAGACAAAGAAGUGUUAGCCCCUUGCAAUAUAGGCUUGGAUUCCGAAUUGGUCCUCUGCUCACAUAAGCAGGGUGAUUUCUGCCAAUUCCCUCUCCAUUUGCCAAUGGCUCUCCCUUCUAGUCCCAAAGGCCCCUCCAACUCCCAGGAUCAUAUUUUUUGAAGGGGCAAAGGGAAGGCAGGAAAGCUCAGAUCUUUGAACUCAGUCCACAAAAGAUCCAAGUCAUAUUGUCAGAUGUGUGUCGAAAGGCCCAUCAGUCCUAAAAAGACCUUGUUCAUUAUAUCCGCCAUAUGGGCUGCUGCUAAUUAGGCACCGUCAGUUUCCAUUCCUCUAGAAUAUUUUCAGUAUUCUACAAAAUGGGUUGACACGUUCAGAAGUUUGCUUUCUCCGACACAUUCUAGAAUACUUGCCAGGCGGCAGAGAAUGUCCUUCAGUAACUCUUCGAAUAGCAGUAUAAGGAAGAAAUAAGAUUCUGGAAGCAUUUUGGUGGCAGCUCAGCUGCUUGCGUUUCUGGCAGCAUUCUCUAUAUAAAGAUUUUGCAAAGCUGAUGCCCCAGUUGUGAAGUGAAUGUAAGUUUCAGAGGGCAUGGGGUCCGACCCAAAGAGAGGCACUUCUAAAUUUAGGGCUUAACUCUGGCUCAAUAUUGCCUUAAACAUAUUGAUCCUUUUUCUUUUUCUUUUUUGCUUUUAAUAGGAAAAAAACCCUCUUAUUUUGAGAUUGCCUUCUGUAACAAUCCUUGUUACCAUACCCUUCCGCUUGCCCUCCUGUGCAGAAAAAUGUGACAGUGCGGAUAGGCAUGUGUUUUCCAGUUAAAUGUACCUCACUAUUAAAUGCUGGCUAGUGGUGAUGGGAACAUGUUAGAAUCCCUACUAGAAAUUUUCCUUUUCUAGAAAUGGCAAUAGCCCUGUCUUUGUUUUUUUGUUUUGUUUUUUAGACUUCUCAGCGCAAACAUCCAGAUUUGCUAUGUAAUUAUCAUUUUUUAAUUCAGUCAAGAAUGUGGUUUUUAUUUGGAUUUUUUUCUUUUGUAAAAUAGUUGGAUAGCGACGCCACAGCAUGCAGAAAUUGCACUUUUUUUGCUUGACCUGCUUGUAUAAAAUAGACACUAUUUAAUUUGAAAAAAAUGUAAUUUAUGCCAAAAAAAGAAGAGGAGCAAGAGAACUUGCCAUUCUGCCACUGCAUAGGUUAGAUUAGCACAAAACGCAAGAAGUUUUGAGGGGGGGGCCAGUAUUUUGUAGGUGUAAUUUGUGGGUGGGGGGGCGGGGAGAUGUGCUUGAAUAGUGGCUGCCAAUAACCCAAACUAUGUGUGAUGUUAGAGAUUAUGUAAAUUAAUCAUUCUGAGGAGUGUGAGAAGAGUGUAUGAAAAACUUCAAAGCUCAUUGUCUCCACCCCAUGUGGUCAUAUUUCCUCUUUUUUUUUUCAGUUGACAAGCUGCUACAUAUUUGGAAGUUAUAUUGUUUGUAGGUCACUGAAUGGACAUUGAAAUCUGAUUUAUAUUGUAUACCUGUAACAUAGAAAGAAAGAAAAAGUAUUUAUAUAUUUUCUGUAUGAAUAUUUCAUUGAGCUGUGUAUAAUUUUGAAGAGGCUUUGUCCCCAAUUGGAUCUGCCCAUCUGGAUUCUUGAUCUCUUUUUUGUUUCUCUUUCCUUUUUUGGAGUUUUGUUUUGUUUUGUUUUGUACAGUGUGUACAGUUCACAUCUAUGAACAUUAAAAGCCUCCUGAAGCAUUAUCUUAUCAAAGGGAUGCAUUGUUAAUAAAAUGGACUUUGAACUUGC